ACGCAUUGACGGAAUCAGACGUGAACGUAGCUUUCAUUCAAAAAAAAAAAACUAAACGCGCGGGAAUUAGAAAAUAGAAAGUCCGAAGUUUUGUUAUUUUCGAAGAUUUUAAACAUUCCUAAUCCUAAUUUAUUUUUUAAUAAAAAUAAAAGUCAAAUCAGAUGGAUUUUAUGUGGCGAUAAGUGGUUUUUAGUUAGUGAGUUAUUUAUUUUACCGAUAUUCUAGGAAGAUGUCAACGAUGACGCGGUAUUUAAUUUAUUUGACGCUGGCAUCGCUAUGUGUAUCAGAGCCUGCUGUGGAACCAAAGAUAGAAUCAGAAUCGCAGACCGAUUCCGAAGAGCCACCGGAAGGAUACUACGCCUUUGUCGAGUCACCAAAUGCUACACCGCCUAGGGUACGUCCUCCGCCUUACCGACAAGUAGCUUCUGAAUGCGCAGCGUCGGCCGAAAAAGCACACGUCAGCGCCAAUAACUUGUGUGGAGACCUCAAUAGAGGCAUCAUUCCACGCAACCCCAUGGGACAGAGCCCUAAUGGAGAGCCUUAUCCUUUCGAGCUCAUCCGUAACCACACUCUGCGCUUUCUCUCGCGUACUCUGCCGGUGCUGCGUGCGGAUGACGCGUUGCCGCGCGUAGCGCACGUCACGCAGCCUCCCGCGCACGCCACGUACCCCGCCGGGCACGACUUGCCCGAGCUGCAGCACAACAGGUUGGAGGAGCGUUCGAAGAGGUCAAUCUCCGCGGAAGAGGUCCCUGCCAGUGAACUGCAGAUGGAGCACCGCGGCCUGGACGACAAGCCACGCGAGAGCAGGAAGUUCUGCGACGGCGGCGGAGUAUUCUGCAUGUUAUACCGAGCUAUAAAUGGGGAGAGUGCGGGACCUGAGCGGCGAGAAGACCCUGGCGUAGCCCCUCAUGCUCCUCACGCACCGCCACAUAGAUAUGAGGGUCCACCCACCCCGUGCCCUGCCCGAGUGGAAUACGCGACUCCGGUGUUCGCCCGCAAUUAUCAAGGUGUUUGGCGUUAUGUCGUGCAGAUACCUUAUGAGGGCUAUUUCACACAAACCGUAGAAGUGACGAGAUGCAUGCAGUCACGCUGCCACUACCUGGAAGGUGGCUGCCUCAGCUCACCACGCUGGCUUUCGUUACUCGUGGCUGAGCUGCACUAUCCGCCACGUCCUGCCACUCCCGCUACGCCUCUUCACCCGGAAUACCCGGCCUAUGGUUCCACGGAAAGCAGUACGGAGAAGCCGCCACACUGUGAUGGACACGAUGAAUUGGGUUGCUAUCAGGUACGUCUGUACUACGACUGGUUCCUAGUCCCGGGUUCCUGUAAAUGCUGGCGGCCGGACUACUUUGCGCGUUACGUCAGACGUAACCAACACGAACUGUAGAUAUUGUACUUUUCUUAAAAUAAUAUUCUAGCAAGAAAUUUUAUACUUACCAUUAAAAAUCUUAUAAAAAGUACUUUCCCAAUAUUAAUUUCAUGCUGUACACAUCCAUGCCUGUAUAGUGUGCAUAAGUGAUCAUAUGCCUAAGUAGCCUGUACUUACACAAGGAAACAUAACUGGUAUGCAUGCAUUUUCCAAUUUCUACCCGUGCAAUAGUUUCAAUUAAUUUUUAUAAAGUUUAGUUCAGCGUAGUAUUUUGUUUUAGUACUUAGUGAGGCAGUUUUUGAAUCAAUGUUUUUCAAAUUAAAACAUAAUAUGUUAUUAAAUUAUGAGUAUAGGGGAAAGUCCUAGUUUGACAUAAUUUAGUGUUAACAUAACAAACAGAGUGUUCACACUUCAGAACACUUCAGAAAUAAUAUCGCAUUAACAUGAAUAAUAUUUUUAAAGGUUUUAUAAAUAAGUACUUUUAAUUAAUAAGUACUAUUUAUAGGAUAAUAUUUUUGUGUAAAUUUUACUCGUAUUUAGACAUGUUUUAAGAAAAGACGAGGGAGACUUAAUAGAUAUUAAUUUAGACUACCUAGGUACGUAGGUCUAAGUGGUGCUAAGACUUUGUGACUAUUGAGACUGUAUUUAUAAAUAAAAGUAUUGUUAUAUUAUCCAUAAUAAAUAAAUAAUUAUGUACUAUAGUUAAGUAUUUCUCAUAAUAGUUAGUUAUAAAUAAUAUAUUAACUUCAAAA